AUGUUUGGUAAUAGUAUUGUUGUACGUGGUGUUCCUUAUAUACUUGAAGAAGAAAUUGGUCAGGGUCUUCAUAGUACUGUUUAUGGUGGUUAUGAUCUAGAUACUGAUAAACCAGUAGCUAUUAAAAUAAUAAAUUUUGCUCGUGGAUUAUUAAAUUCCAUUGCUGAAACAGAAUUUGGUCAACAAUUAUUUUGGAAAGAAAUUGAGAUGCUUUUAUAUUUACAAUCAUUUAAUCCGUAUGUUAUUCGUAUAUUUAAUCAUGAUUAUAAUGAUCUAUAUGGAAUAAUUGUUAUGGAACGUGGUAAAACAUUUCGUGAUACUUUACUUGAAUAUGUUUUAUCUAGAACACCAAUGCCAUCACAUCUUAUUCAUAGAUUUUGGUCACAAAUGGUUGAAGCUAUUUAUUAUUUACAUCGAAUUCGAAUUGUACAUGGUGAUUGUAAACCUGAAAAUUUUAUUCAAGUUGGUCCAGAUGGAACAUCAUUAAGACUUAUUGAUAUGGGUAUAAGUUUUCAAUUACCACCAAAUGUCACAAGUCAUUUACGUACAGCUGCUGGAACACCAGAUUAUGUAUCUCCAGAAAUGAUUAAUUCUCGAGUUGGCGUAAGUGCUCAAUCAAAAUUUGGUUAUAAAGCUGAUGUAUGGGCGCUUGGUAUUAUACUAUUUGAAAUGGCAUUCGGUUAUCGACCUUUACAUGGUUUAGGUGGUAAUCAAACUAAAUUAAGAUUUUUAGGACGAUUACAAAGAGAUAUAAGCAUACCUGAUCAUCCUGAUAAAAAUCUACGAGAUAUUCUUAAACGUUGUUUACGUUCAAAUCAUCGUCGACGUCCAACUACCGAACAAUUAUUAAAUCAUCGAUAUUUGUCAGGAAAACGUUAA